UUGAUAAAUCACACAGGAAUGAGGAUUGCACACCAGUCCUUGAUAAUGUCUUCCUGAACCGGUAGUGUGCUGUAUGGGCACAGUGUCUGUAUGUCUAUCUAUUCAUAGAUCUAUAGUAGAAUCUGGGACUCCCAAUGCUCACAUUCUAUCACCUGGAGUGGACUCACGUCCCCUUGGUGACGUCGUGGUGGUUUAUGGCACACCAAAAGCAAACGUGUGUUGGAGGAAGAGGGAACAAGACCCCCCGCGGGUUCUAACACGCACACACACACGCACACACACACAUCUGGGCGUGGAUCUUUAGUCAGGACGCACGGCACCGGACGGCCGCUCCUCUCACCGACGGGCGGCGGUUCUCGGCUCAGCCCCGCGGGAUUCACGCCGCCGUCGCUCCCGUGACAUGCCUCCGGCCGCGAGGAGGAGCACCGGAGUCGGGACUGCCCCACGAUGCCCCGGGAUGUGACCGGGGAGCCGACGCAGAGCUCCGCGGACGACAUCCGAGUGCGCGCGGAUUACCACGGCGGCCGGUUCCUCACGCUCACGUCCAUGAUCGGGGGGGCGAGCAGACCCGGCGAAGUUGGAAAAACCUGGUGGAAGCUGGAGGCGUCGGCUCCCCAGCAUCACCGGAAGAACUGGAAGGUGAUGCUGUGGGUGGUGGCGUCAUUGCUGAUACUAGUGGAAGACGUGUUUUCUGAAGAGGACAAUAAAAAGGGUCAAUCAGACCUCCGUCGUGUCCUCGGGCAGCCCUCCUCGUCCUCUGCUGAGGAUCUUGAACGGGACAGCAGAGUCCACACACACUGGCUUAAAGCUCUCGAGGAUUGGUCACUGAUGCAGGAAGAGGAAAUCCAGCGGAGCAGAUGGCGGCGCGCCCCUCGUGACCCAAAUUCGUCCAGAACGUCACGGAGGAACCGCAAGAAGACCAAGAGCAGUCACGACUGCCACCUAGAGAGGAAGCAGAUGCGAGUGCGAAAUCUUGGUAUUGGCUACGACUCGGAUGAAAUAAUCCUCUUUAAAUACUGCGUUGGGACAUGCCACGGCUCCCGCAAGAACUACGACCUGGCCCUGAAGGCUCUGAUGGACAACGGGAGUAUCACCGGCAAGAAGGUCAGCGAUCACCCCUGCUGUCGGCCCACCCGUUACGAGACUGUGUCCUUUAUGGACGCCCAGACUACCUGGCAAACAAUUGAGCGGCUCUCGGCAGCCAACUGCAGCUGUGUGGGCUGAGUGUACAAAACAGUGUCCAUCUGCACAGGGGAACGUUAUUGUGCAAAAAAAGCGGGAUGCGACAGGGCCUGGACGAAACCCUAGUUCAUACGAUCUGAGGCGAGCGGCCUGGACCAGGAUCCUCAGCCCAGUGGCCUCGUUUCACUCCGCCAGCAGCCUGGAUGUUUGAGUUGCAAUACGUCGAGACAGAACCAUGUUGGCUGUGUUUGUCAACAGCCUGGGGCAGGUUUUUUUUCAAUGUCACCAGUUCAGCGCAGAGGAGUCAGUGCUGUUCCAGUCCAUAAUGGACCGCAUGUUGUGUACUUCAUUGAACCUGCUGAGGGCUUAUAGCAGCCAUGUGGAAGAUCUUCAGUUCUUUGGCUAAAGAGGCUCUGAGUAGCUAAUCGCGUUUUCAAGCGUGGAGCUUGAAGGUCUCACUGGAAUUCAGUGGGCCUUUAGGUUAAUUUAUAGAAUCUGUUCUUUUUGAUUGGCAGCUGUCAAUUUUAACAUAAACAUGUUCUUCUGUUUGUCAGAAAGUCAUUGCACCGUAUCAGCUAUCCAACAAAUUUGGUAGCUAGUCCUCUCGGAAAAGCUAGCAAUGGUCUAACUACAUGCAUACUGUAUAUUAGUGGCUGAAACAUAGUCCAGUAGUAUAAAGGAACUUUUUAUUAUUUUGCGUUUACGAAUGAUUAUCUUUAAUCAACGAUUGUGCCAAUUAAUUAAAUGAUUGGACAAGUUUUUAUCAUUAUCCUGCAAAUGAUGUCAAAGAUAACAAAACCUUGAGCAUCAAAUCCUAAACAACAGCUUCUGCAUGUAAACACGGUAAAACAUCUUAAUAUCGUCAUUAUGGUCUUGUGGUUAGUGAGCCACAAACCUUUGUUCAAAUCAACCUUACUUUUUAACAUCACUGACUUAUACAUCCCCACUACAGCAUUAUUAAAACAUUUAUAUUUCCUUGUAUUCUAUCCUAUAGUACCUAUCUAUGAUUUGCCAAAAGACAGUUAUUCAGUUAACCUUCUCGAUGGAGCCAAAUUUGAUUUCUGGAUAUUUGUAAAUCAACUGCAAAACACAUGACAACCGCUCAAAGCAACCAAAAAACUCAACAGAUUAAAGACCAAAUAUUAGAGAUACGUUGGUAAGAACUUAAAGGUGUCCAGAGGUUUUUCCUGUUUUAUUUUUGUAAAUACAACGGCCUUCACAAGCCCAAACUUCGUUUGGAAUGUGUGAUGCAACUCUACCUUUCAGGGCAGCUCAAUAACACGAUAAUGUUAAGGAAAAGUCACAAUCAACACAGCUGUAGUCAGUCUUCCUAACACGUCUCUUCCACACACUCAUAUUUUAAGUUUAGUACAUAAGUAUUUUACUUUGUUCGUUUUAGUGGACGACAUUCAUAACGCUUGACGUGAGCCCAGUGGCUUUCUAAAUUCAGCAGCUGGGAUCAUAACGCGCUGUCCUCCAGCGAGCCAACCUGCCGGAAUGCUAAUUGUAAAUGCCACAGUAGCUCUGGAGUGUUUGUUGUUUACAUCUCUGUAACCGGUCUAUUGUAGGACGCCAUCGCAAAUAUAGUCGUGAGCCAACCAUCACUCAGAGCGACAGCUUUUCACCGCCUGGUCUAUUUCCACAAGGGUGACACGAUACCUCUCACAGCCACCCGACACGGGGCAGAUUACAUGUCAUGUGGUCACUUCGGAGACAUUUAGACAUCAGACAAUGUGAAAUGCAACUUAAAUUGAGAGUGUGUUAUUCAUUCUUAUUGCAAUAGGUUCAUUUUAAACGCAGUAGUAGUAUCCGCGAUACGGGUAAUACCAGCAGCGUUACAUAUUUACAAUGAGCAUCGUCAAGACACAGCAUCAUGAAGAGAUUUAACAUUGGAUAAUAUCAACAAUCAUAUUGCCCGGCAAUCAGCAUCUCAUGUCUGUAUAUGGCACAAAUACCAAAGAAAAAAAAAAGUUACUCAUUUAAUUGAAUCUGGGUUUUUUAAAUGUUUUAUUUGGAUGUGAAGUUUAUGAAGAAUAAGUAUAGCAUUUCUUUUAUGAUACUCAAUAUUUUAACCCCCUCCUCCAAAGAAAUGAAAAAUAAGGGAAAUGGGUUUGUCCUUUUGAAAGGAUUCAUAGCAAAUGGCACGCUUGUAAAUUUAUUUUGAGUAGUUUUAUGAACACAGCCUCACCUCCAAGUAGUCUAUAUUUACAUCCCCAGUUAUGAAGUGAACUACACUCAAGGUACGACAUAUUGGUUAAUUAAAAAUGUGUUAUUUGAAUAGUUAACACAGAGCACUGUGUAUUGUAACAAAAGAUGCAUUUCAAGUGAAUCAUCACUCACUUGCUUCCCACCCACCAACAGUGAGGGGCCACAUGAAUAUUACACACUGUGCAAACCCAAGAUGUUUUCCUUGCUGGCGCACACACAGUUGAAAGGCUUACCAAAAAUAUAUCUAUGAAAAGAAAAUGUGUUGCACAGCUUUGGUUUGUUAAUAGAAUAUUUGUCGUAAUAAUUUUCAUAAACCAAAAGAAAUGUGAUAGCAGUCACUAAAAUAUACAUGCACAUAUGCAAAUAUAUACAAACAUAUCCAUUACAUACAAAUUGUUAUUUUGUUACAUGUUCAACAUUUUUAUUAUUUAUUUUUAUUCAUUAUAUGCUGAUUAUGACAUUUUUGUGCAGUUAUGACAUCAUAUAGUUUCAUGUCUUGCUACUUCUGUGUUGGCUUAUGUAGCCUUUAUAGGAAGGUUAGAAACUUAAAAGCGGUACUAGCGACACUUUGUGUCACCUUGAUCCACGUCCCUGCACUGCACAUGUCUACGAGACUUUGAGAAACACUAUUGGAGCUUGUGUAGCUCAACACAACGUCCUUCCACAUCUGACCAAAAAAUAACAUAAUACAUAAUAACAUAAUAACAAUAGCCUAUAAAACUUGGAAAAUUCGAAAAUGUGUCACGAUAGAAUAUUUAUUCUAUGAAAGAACAGAAUAAAAACAGUAUUUUGUGCUCUAAAACAGUAUUCAUACAAGCAAUUUGGCGCUCAGCUCCACUAAGACCAAUGUCAAAAUAUCCGAGUGAAGCAGUGGCCUGGAUUGUUCUCUGUGUCUGAGCAGUAAGUACCGCUGCUUCCACAGAUAACGGGAUAACACAUCCCCUCCACACUCCCGACUCUUUUGUUGCUCUUGUGUUAUUCGGGAUCAUCUGUAGAACGCUCACAGUCGGGGCUCCACACAAUCUCACAUUUGCUUCCAAUUACACCAGCUCUUGUUUUUUUUGACAGCAAAUUGAGGUUGUUCUGUUAAGGAGCCAAAAAAGAGAAGAAACUCUCCAGAGCAUUUUCAGACCAAAUUAUCACAAACAAAAGGUCCAGGCUCAUUGAAUUAGCCGAUGGAGCGUGGCCAAUCUCUCAUACCAACACCAAAAACCUCCAUUCAUAUCUGAGUUUUACUCGCAGGUAAUUAGUAAUACUUGUAAUAUUAGUAAUACAAAGUGGUACAACAUACAAGCAGCACCGCUCUGGACUUAGUGGAGGGGAAAUAUGAAGGAGCUAAGCUAACUGUUUGGGAAAAAUGUAAUUGUAUUCUUAUCUCUUCCCUCCCACUAAAUACUUGAAGCAGAAGAAAAGUUGGCAGGAGAGAGGAUUUAAAAAGUGUUGUUAGGGAAACAGGACGUUAUCAGGAAACAGUUUCUGAUGACGUCACAUAUAUCUAUGUACAUGUAAACAUCCCAACAAUCAAAAUGGAAGAAGACGUUAUAUUGCCAUGUAUUAUUUACACAUAAAGGAAUUAAUAAGCCUCUCUGCAUUAACCCGUCCCACACAGUGAGCAGUUAGGGGUUUGGUGUCUUGCUCAGGGACACAGGGACAAAAUAACCCCCCACCCGCAAAAACAACACUUACUUUGAUAUUUUACUGUACGUGUAGUUUAAUGAUUGAUAAAACAUCUAUUACCAUUGUUCGAUGUAUCAACAUAACAAAAUAAAUUAUGGAGUCAAUUUUGAAUGCAAAUAAAAUAAAAGAAGGACACCGCUCACCGGCUUCCCACCCACCACCCGUCUGCAGGCGUUCACAGCUCUGUAAGCCUUUGAGUUUGAAGUACAUUGAUUAAAUGCCAGUAUUCUGUAUAUUGUCAAACAGGUCCUGCGGUCUGUAAAGUUGCUUCGGAAAAGACAGCAACCCUUUAGUUAUUUAUUUAUUUGUGUCAUGCAUUUAUCGGUAUCAUAAUUGUCUAUUCAUUAUGUAACUAUCCAGGUUGUGGUAUGAUAAGAACGUAGAGGGUAUUAAAGAAAUGGUUUUGCGCCGUUUUCUGAUAAAGAAGAUCAUCUUAACUACAAUACAAUACAGCAAAUAAACCAAAUGUUUUUACUGCAGAGAGACAGCAGUCCUCCUCCUCAUGGGUGGGUGACCCGUCCUACCAGUUAAAGUGGGGAAAAGUGAAACGUUUCAUGCUUCCUUUGUUAAUCAGACAUAGAGUGGCCACGGAUUCCAUUAAACGUCCUUACUGACGGUGCUUUCGGCUCGUGUACAUGCAGUGGCUGAAUGUGGCACCGGGCCGUGUGUCGCUCCUGAGGCCUUCUCAUUUCACAACUUGUCUGUACCUACAUUCUCUGUUAGAUGCUAUGCAUCAUGUUGCCAUAAUGUGCAUAAGAGUAUUUAAUGUUUAAAUUAUUGUAUUUAUUCUUCAUUUGUAUUAAAGAUGUUCUGGCGAUGUUUAUUACCAAUGUAGUGUCCAUGUGUAUUUAUGUUUUUGUGUUUGUUUUUAAUUUUUAUCAUUAUAUUAUAUUUAACAGUCCAUUCUGAGUCAGGAAUAUUUCAUCUCCCGGACCAAAGGCAAGUUAGCUUUUCUGAACUAAUUGACUCGUUGCUGUUGUUAAGCUGCCACACACUUGUACAUGUUUCAAUUAAAAAUAGCUAUAUUCCAAUUAAAGCAAUUGCAAACAGUGAAUGUUAGAGAGCUGACAAAGUAUGAAGGAUACCAAGAAAGUAAAAUGUAUAAACAUAACUGGUUCAAGCCUGAAAGCUGUUUUGCUUUUAUGGUAAUUUAUAUAUUACACACCAUGUGUCUCAAAAUUGUUAAGGAGCUAAAGAA